AGAAGAAGGGAAAGUGAUUUGGGGCGGGAUUUUCAUCACGCACCAACCAUAACCCGUCUCCUCUUCUCGUGUCAGAGAUUUCUCUAAGGAGUAUUUUCUUGUGUUUUUCCCCUUUGUUCCAGGUGUUUGAUUAUUGAUGGCUGCAAGUGCAAACCCUUCUGGGAAUCAGGAAGGGAGCCAUGGUACCUCUUCCUACAACGGUGUUGCCAGUGGUGGGAACCCUUGUAAUGGCAAUUCUAGUGCAGUAGCGGAAAAUUCUGGUCUGGCCCAUACAUUGAAGCACAACCCCGGUCUGUCAACAGAGUGGACAGCGGAGGAGCAGUCGAUCGUAGAUGAAGGGCUUACCAAAUUUGCCUCUGAAUCAAGUAUAGUUCGUUAUGCCAAGAUUGCCAUGCAAUUGCAAGAUAAGACAGUCCGAGAUGUGGCAUUGCGUCUUAGAUGGAUGACAAAAAAGGAAAACGGCAAGAGAAGGAAAGAGGAUCACAAUUUUGCGAGGAAAAACAAGGACAAAAAGGAAAAAGUUACGGAACCUUCGGCAAAAUCAACUCAGUUGGGAGCCCGACCAAAUGUUCCUCAAUAUGCACUACCAAUGAUUCCUAAUGAUGAUGGAAUCUCUUACGAAGUUAUUGGUGGAGCUACAGGACAAAUGCUUGAGCAAAAUGCACAGGCAUUUAAUCAAAUUUCAGUCAAUCUAUCAGCUUAUCAGAUACAGGAGAACAUCAAUCUCUUCUGCCAAGCUCGGGAUAAUAUCCUCAUGAUCUUGAAGGACUUGAAUGACAUGCCAGGUGUAAUGAAUCAGAUGCCACCACUUCCAGUGAAAGUGAAUGAAGAGCUUGUCAAUUCUAUCCUUCCUGGGACAACCCUCCCAAUGCAAUCAUGAUACUGACUCAGAACAAAGCCACCCCCGGAAGAUUUGAACUUUUCAUUUGGUUCUGGUGUAGGGAUUGUUGGUCACCAUGCACUCGAGGGCUUCAUGACUCCUUCAAUGGUUGUACCACUAUACUGACCCCAAUUCACCCCCAGGAAAAAAAGAGAACUGCCCCCUGUACAUUAAUGCUUAAUUGUAUAGUUAACAUCCAUAAAUAAAUGUCUAUUCGUUCAA